AUGGGCACAAUUAAUAUUAACAGAGCUAAAAAUGUAAAAUACAAAUUUGCUAAAAUUCUUCUUGGUAACAAAGAUGAUUUGGACUUUGAAAUGACAAAAGUUGUUUUAACAUCGGAUGCCAGUCAAUAUGCACAACAAAAAAAUUUACCUUUUCUUGAAACAAGCGCACGAGAUAAUAAAAAUGUUGAAAACGUAUUUCAAAUAACAAAAUUAGCACUGAAACGUCGAUUAACAAUGCAAAAAUAA